AUGGUUUUCGUGAAGAAUGUGGACAAGAGUUUUAGCAAAAUAACGAGUCUUUACGACAAAUCAGAGAUUCCUAUUCUUCCGCGGACUCGUUAUACCGGUUCAGACAUCCGUAUACGUGACGACGCCAUGCCUUUGGCUCACAUCGUUCUGGCAGUGGAGGGCGCGCCGCGAGACUCGAACGAUGCCAUUGCUCUUAAUCUGGCCUCAGAGCUGUUCGGCUCGUGGGACAGGAGCCACGGCGGCGGCGGUGAUACUUCAUCCUAUUUGGGCAUCUGUUCCGCUGUUGACAACACAACACACGGUUUC